UUCACAUCCGCCGCCGGGAUGGAAGACGCUGCCAGCCUGACGUCUCUGCCUUCGCAAGACUUAAUUAAGUUUGUCCACCAUGUAAUAGACAAUAUAUGUGGUGGAGCACCUGUCUCUCACAAGGAGUUUGAAGGAUGCCCUUUGGAUAAAUUUUGGCUUGCUAUACAGUCAGCAAAGUCUAUAAUAAAAGAUGUGUCAACAGGCAAAUCAAGCAGAGAUGAGAUUUUAGAACUUCUCAGGCCACUCGGACAGGAAACAACUGAAAAAUUCCUGAGUGCAGUGUCAGUUCGAGAAGAUGAAAUUAAGAAGGCACUAAUCCAGGAAUCAUUAAAAGAUACCGUUCAUCUCAAGGACUUCGACUGGAAUGUCAGGCUGGCAGUUGCAAGCGACAAGGUCCUGGAUCUAAACGAAUCCAUAAUGACACUCCAUCUUCACACAUCAAAUACAGACAAAGGCAACAAUACUUUGACUGUCGAAAUGUCGCCAGACCAGGUGGACAGACUGAUAGAACAGCUCAAAGGUGCACGGGAAAAGUUGGCUCACGUAUCCAACUCUAGAUAAGAAACUGUGAUUUGUCAUUCUGUGUUGCUCUUGUAAGUUUGUGAUUUGAUGUUGCAGCCUGAUAUUUUAUUCCAAGCAUUUUGUUGACUGGCAGGUUGGCAAUGGUGAUGACAUUAUUGUUAAUAGAGAUGUGAAAAAUAAAAUGUUUAGAUUUUAAUAGAUUUGUGAUUUUGCUAUGAUACAUGUCUUUACAGAAUGGAAGGAAAUAACUCUUUGAUAUUUUCGUUGUCAAGUUUAAGUAAUUAAGUAAUCUUACUGAAAAAAAUAUUUAUUACCAGCCAAUACAUUCAGGAUACAACUCUGUAAGUUGCAUAGUAAUAUGAUCUUUUGAGUAUGUAUAGGAUUUCAUAGAGAUUCUCAUGAAAUUAAAAAAUCUAGAUAUUCACUGUAUUUGAAAUAUGAAAUUGUCAUGAUUUACUGUCAGAACAGAUUAUCAAAAAGACUAGAAAUGAAGGUAAAGUAUUUAUAGCCUCUUUCAGCUGUGAUUUUAUAAUAUAAUGUAAAUGACCAA